AUGAUUCUCAGUGGCGUGGAGCAGCAGGGUAUCGAAGAUGGACGAGGACGGCUGGACGCGGGCAGGAUGAUGGAGCUGUUUGGUGUUAUGUUUGAUGGCGGCGACCAUAUAGCAUGUAGUGUUGGCGACGCGCAUGCUCAUUGCCACAAGUACAAGCGCCUCGCGUCGCGGCUCUGUACUAUAAUCCUGUCAGCCCCUCGCUGCAUCAGCCUCUCCUUCUUCUUCGACGACCCGACCGACAAGGCCAACACGCUCACUCAGCCCUGGUGGAAUGGCGGAUCAUUCCGAGCACAAGGACGACGCUCCCAGCAUGGGGCUGGAUCGCUGGCUACAGGAUGUACACCCAUCACGGGGCGUGGUCAUGGCCGUGACUAUUACACUCACUAUUUUCGUGGCUAUCGUGUUCAUCAGCACUUGCUGGUGCUGCUUCAGCGACGCUCGUCGCAGGAGGGUGGCGGCGGCGAACCGGCAGAAGGUCCAUCCUGUCUCGGAGGCGGAAUUCGACGCCGCGACCGCGGCUCCGGCCCCAGCAGCUCAAGUUUGAUCUCGGAGGUACAAGUCGGCAUAUUUGCGUACUCUGUCUUGAGAACAAUUUCUAGCGGUGAUAAGUCAGAUUAUGUUAUCCAGGCAAGCCAGGAACAUAAAGCUUUUUUCCUUAAUGAAUUGAUGUGGAUUGUUUCAUCUGAGCCGAGACUUGACAUCUGUGAUAGUACGCUUGUUUGAUUUAAAACUUUGAAAUGAUGGACUCCUGGACAGAGGUCUGCGGACACCUGGGAUUUGUCUUCUCAUAGCUAUGGUUUGUUAUGUACCUUAGAUCUCCCGAAUUUAAGACUGCUGGACCACAUUGGUGUAUCCUCGCGCCGUUUUCGCACUCGCGACUAUGCAUUUCGACAUUUUGUUUAUCCAGAUGUAUGCCUGUCUGUAUGAGAUAAUUGAUAUGGUGAAAUUUAGCUA